GCGUAACCAGUCCGCCGCACGCGACGCGCUUGACAUGAGGAAGCUAACGCUCCUCUUGAUCCUGCAGUUCUGCUCCCUCUUGGCAGCUCAACGAACGGAAUUGGACAAUCCGUUGAACCUGGAGCUUUAUCGGCAAUUCCGCAACUUCAUUUUCCGUACUGUCGGUAACAGAGAUGGAAACAGAAGAAUUGAUAGUGAACCCCCUUCAAAUAUCCAAGCUGAAAUUCCGCCAAGUGUUCCGUUCCCCUGCAACGUAACAGGUGGUAGAUCUUCACGAGUACCAACUUCGGUUCAUCGUUUGAGGCCAGGAGAUAUAGACGUGAUCGCAGGGAUGGGCGACUCUUUGACAGCGGGCUAUGGAAUGUUCGCGAAUAGUGUCUUUGAGCUGAUCCUCGAGAAUCGGGGUGCCUCAGCAAGUUCCGGUGGCCAAGGAACUUGGCGAACAUAUGUGACACUUCCGAAUAUACUAAAAGAAUACAAUCCGAAUUUGAUAGGCUACGCACAAGGAACCUCCUAUACUAGUCAUUCAGCUUCGCAGCUAAAUGUUGCUGAAAUUGGCGCAAUGUCCCGAGAUAUGCCUUACAUGGCUCACUAUCUAAUCGACAGAAUGAAAAAGGAUCCAAGAAUUGAUAUGAAAAACCAUUGGAAGUUGGUUUCCCUGAUGAUUGGCUGUAACGACAUUUGUAGCAAUGUAUGUUCUGUUCCUUCGCCGUGGUCCAUUGUGGAAGAGCACAAAGCUGAUAUCAUUAAAACACUCGAAAUCCUAAGGGACAAUCUGCCACGAACACUCGUUAUCCUCAUUUUACCUCCGCACUUAAGUGCCCUCGUUAAUGCACAACAAGGAAGGGACUCGCUCAGGUGCUACUUAUUCACCACAACUGCAUGUCCCUGUCUGAUUGCUCUGCAACAUCGGCCCCUGAGACAGCUGUAUUACGAAAUUAAUAGAAGAUGGCAGAAACUGGAGGAAGAGGUUGCAGACUACCCAGAAUUCCAUAGAGAUGAUUUCACAGUCGUAACUCUGCCUGCCCUUACGCGAGUAACCAUACCAUUGCUUGAGGACGGAUACGCUGACUUGUCGUACCUUUCCUACGAUUGUUUUCAUGUAUCUCAGAAGACAAAUGCUCUAUAUGGAAAUUCUUUAUGGAACAACUUGGUAGAACCGUACGGCAAUAAGACUGAUCAUUGGGUAUCAAUAACGGAAAAAUUUCUAUGUCCUACUCCAGAAAAACCAUUCCUGAUGACGCGUGAAAAUUCACGAAGGAACAGCGAGGUUUCACCAUAAGGCUAGUUUUUGUUUAGAUGUAAGAUUUGGGUGCCAGAAACAUUUGUGCAAUAUUUAAUAGUUACAAAAAAUAUGUGUACGCACAAUGUUUUCAACUGUGUUGUCACGCUGGAUAAUUUUUGCAGAAAUUCGAUUACUUCGCCUAAAUAUUUAU